CAAGGAACGGAGUCGGCAGCUUAUUGCCAAAAGGGGUCUGUCGCAUAAUCGACGCCGAUGACGAUGGCUCGUCGGACGACCCUGUUUCACUCCGCGGUGUUGAUUUGCUUUUUCGCGACCGGCAUUCGUAACUUCGCAGCGGUGGGAGAUUACCACAAUGACGCUUCUAUUUAUGCCCCGGCUCGUUGGAAUUCGCCGGCAGACCGUGAUGAUUAUUCGGUCGAAACUCUGAGGGAUAGCGUAGAUUCGGCGACGCAAAAACCGCAAAAGGAUCGAACCCCGAAGAAGCACGUUCUGAGUCAGACUAUUUACGAAACGGAGGUGAAUAUAUCGAUGCAGGUCGACCGGAUACUGGACAAAUUGACCGAGCAAGGGUUGCAGCUGGAGGCGAUCCAAUAUCAAUUGCAGCAACAGCAAGUCGACACGCCGGCGUCGUCGCCUCAAUCUACCCCCAACUGGCCUACCGUUUGGCUUCCAUAUCUCACCCUGUACCCGCAAACGGUCGCUCCAGGUCUUCCGAAUUCCUCGCCGAACGAUUACGAAACCUGGAAACUGUACGAGAGUGCUAUGCAACGACAGAGGCGGCGAGGUAGAGGCGGUACGUCGGAAUUUCAACAAGUUCGCGGCAGCGUUACCGACACCGAUAAACCACCCCUCGACGGCGUGACGUCCUGGAUUUCUCAUUUAAUAAACAACGUCGUUCCCGGACAUAACGCCGACGAUCCCGAAGAUCCCGCGAAUCCCGGUAGCGCGGUUCCCCAAGGUACGCGUCAAAGGAAAAACGAAAAUCGUCGCAGGAAGGUGAAGAAAAUCGGCGGCCCUUGACGUUGCGUGAUAUAUUACCGAUUGACAAACGAUUGAUUGUUCGACGAUUGUAUUAAAUUACGGUGAAUUAGAUGCAUUGAACGAAA